AUGACUAGGAAGAAGGCAUUGGACCGUUUCUCUUCCAUGGAAGGAGGAAAGAUGUUCCGGAUUGACUCCGUCAGCUUCGCUCCCAAGAUUGAGUACGGCGAUUCACGCGAGAUCACUUCCAAGGCGAUUUCCUUACUCAACAACUACAUCAGGAUGGACCGCCUUCGAUACUUGAGGUUUAAGGAGAAAAAGGAGGGUACUCUAUUAUAUAUUUGCACGGUGAAUACGUACGUAUCUUAUGGCAACAAGUUAUGCUACUGUCAGUUCUGGAACUUCAUGAGUGGUGAACACAGAUCAUGGGUAGAGUACAGGGGGCCGGUGUUCCCGUUGAUCUCCUUGAGCAGUUUCCUAACGAAUUUUAGAUACGAGCGCGCAAACUAUACCUUCCCAGCACCAGGUACUGGAUUAUUAUCUUCAAGCUCGAUAGGUCUGCGGAAUCUUUGUCUAAGUAUCCAUGAGAUUCUUAGGGGUGUUCUUACUUAG